AUGGCCGAGGCUAUGAAGCUGCAGAAGAUGAAACUGAUGGCCAUGAACAACCUGCACGGAGCCGGCAGCCAGAACGGCACCGAGUCAGAGAACGACGAGCUCAACUCCAACGCAGGUCAGAGACACAGCAACAUACAUACUGUACUUUUUUCACAGCUAACUAUUUAGGCACAAUGAACAGGACAGUAUAACAGUAAACCCUUAUAAUAAACCUUAUAAUAAAGGCAAUUCACAUAUCUAUUAUGACUGUCAACUCAAAUGAAAAUAUUGCCCCCAAAUAAUGACAGAUGUAUCUGUUCAAGUCCACAGCCAGUAUUUAACAUCCUGUCUAGCCGUCUCUAGGAGGUAGGUUAGGUAGAGACUGCAGAAAGGUUUGUCUCCUUGUCUCCUUCCACUGGCCAUGUCUCUUUCUCCAUGACUGCUUCACACGUGACUACAGGUAAUUGGUUCUGGCCCUCGCGUUGCUUUCGCUUUAGCCGUAUUUCAUUGAGGCUAAUGGCGUCCUUAAUGGCUGCGACCUGACCGUGCAUUUAGAUGGUGGUGAUGGCAGUGUGUGUGACUAACAACGUGCGUGGCGGCGGGCUGGGUAAUAUAGAGGUGCCACGCAGACAGGCUUCUUUAUCACCACCCAGAGCCACGGCAGACGCCCCCAAUAGAGACAUGAGCCUGAAUAUGUAGAGGGACAAAUAAAUACAGACACACACACACACACACACACACACACACACACACACACACACACAGAGAGAGACAGAACAAACUGAUGUACACACUUAUUUAUAUUUCACACUGUUUACAUAUAAACACACAAGGCCUGCAAGGGAAGAAAACCCAGCUAACACAUAACGUUCUGAGAACCCUAUGUUUCUUAGAGCUUGGUGAGAGCGUGGUUGUCCUAUGGUUAUUUUGCAUACAACCUUCCCACAACAUUCUGGGAAUGGUGCAGGAUAGUUGCUUGGCUUUGGAACAUUCUCAGCACAUUUAAGGAACUUGACAAAAUAACUAUAUUUUCUUGGUAUUUCAUUACUUAACAGAAUGUUUCCUAAAUGUUUAAACAUGGUUAUAUUUAAUAAAAUGUUUGGUAAUGUUCUAGGAACGUCUCCAACAGGUUUGACAUUGGGACUGUUCUCAAAUAGUUCAGAGAACGUUAAGAAACAAUGUUCUCCUGUGGGAAUUGUAAUACUUCAGCAUAACGUUUCCACCAGGUUUCCUCAUGGCUCUAUUUAAAGUAAUGUUCUCAAAUUGUUCAGAGAACGUUAAGAAACAGCAUUCUUCUGUGGGAAUUUCAGUACUUCAGCAUAACGUUAAAAAUAACAUAAUAACUAGCUCCAUCCUGGUGGCGCAGUGGACUAAUUCCAUGGAUAGAAAACAGAAGAUCAUAGGUUUGAAUCUCACUGACGCUGUGCCACAAUAAAAAAUAAAUGUGUUUGCACGAUUAAUGCUUAAGUAAAUACAUUUCCAUGUGUCCUGUCUGUGUAGUUCAAAACAGUUAACCGAAGCUGUGUUAUUAAAAGUCUUAUUGAAACAUUCAGUGAAAGUUUUGAGGAAGUUAUUAAAAAACCUCCAAAUAACCUAUAAUUUACAUUCUCAGAACGUUAAUAAAUCCUCACAGGGAACCAUAGUAAAAUGUUCUCAGAACCUCCCUGCAACCUAAAAAUGUAUGUUCCUAGAACAGACAACAUUUUCACUUCCGUUCUCAGAACUUUUAAAAAACAUUCCGUUUUAGCAGUCAGGAAACAUAUGGCUUCGUUCCCAGAACCAAUGGAAAGCCAACAAUGUAUAUUUCCAACACUUCCAAGGAACCAAAAGUGCUAGCUGGGAACAGAGAACUUACAAAAGUAUUUACUGGACUCAAUUAUUUUGGGCUGAUGCUGUUUGCAUGGUAAAGAGUGGCUGAACUUGGCGACACUAGACAGGCAGAAAGUGUCUAUGAAUCCCGCUGUCUUGCUGACACAUCCAAGCCCAAUUGAUGUUCCUGAUCAAAUGAAGCCAUGUAGCAAUAUCGGUGUAACGUGGCACCUAAACCUAAAUAAUUAGCGAUAGCUAAAUCUCCUCCAGUACAUUGGAAUGAGACAGCCAUGGGAUUGGGUGUUGAUGACAGAGCUGGAUGGAGAGAAGAGGGUGUGUCAGUAGAGAGGGUUUGGCUUGGUGUCUGUGUGUCCCACUCUGUCACAGACCCUCUAAUGUACUCCUCCCUGACACCAGCGCUAUGGAGAGCUGGCCCCUCUCUGUCACACCACCAAUGAUAAUGAUGAUGAUAAUGAUGCUGAUGGUAAUCAUUACAGAGAGGCAGCAGGCUUUCCUGGGGUUCUGUCCAGCUGAUCGGUGAAACACUGCAGUGCAAGUGGGCCUCGGCUCACACUGUCACACAAGUCACCCACAAUUCAGCAGGCUACUCCUGUCACGAUCGUCUAGUAGCGAAGUAGACCAAGGCGCAGCGUGUGAAAGAAACAUGACUUUAUUAUAUUAAAGUACUAACAAACCAAACAAAACACGACUCGUGAAGUCCAACGGUUAACACUGACCGUAAAGGAACAAAAACCCACAACACCCAAAGGAAAACAUACAGAUUAAAUAUGGCUCCCAAUCAGAGACAACCAGCCGACAGCUGACACUCGUUGCCUCUGAUUGGGAGUCAUACAGGCAAACAUAGAAACAGAACAACUAGAAUACCCAACAUAGAAAACGAACACAUAGAAUGCACACACCCUGGCUCAACAUAUAGAGUCCCCGAGCCAGGGUGUGACAGUACCCCCCCCUAAAGGCGCGGACUGCGACCGCGUCUAAACACCCCAAACAGGGGAGGGCUGGGUGGGCAUUCCUCCUCGGAGGCGGCUCCGGCUCCGGCUUUGACCACCACCCCUCCAUACUACCCCCCGUAGCGCCCCUGGUCCGGUCUGACCCCGCUGGCUGGAUCUGGACUGGACAUUGACGGAGCGGAUUGCUUACGCUCCGUUGUGGAGCAGCUGACCGGUCUUACCAGGCUGACGACUCGCACCCCGGGCUUGGUGCGAGUAGCAGGAACGGGCUGAACCAGGCUGACGACUCGCACCCCUGGCUUGGUGCGAGUGGCAGGAACAGGCUGGACCAGGCUGGCGACUCGCACCCCUGGCUUGGUGCGAGUGGCAGGAACAGACCGGGCCGGGCUGGCGACUCGCACCCCUGGCUUGGUGCGAGUGACAGGAACAGGCCGGGCCGGGCUGGCGACGCGCACCGUAGGUUUGGUGCGAGUGGCACGAACAGGCCGGGCCGGGCUGACGACGCACACCGUAGGCUUGGUGCGUGGAGCAGGGACAGGCCGGGCUGGGCUGGCGACGCACACCGUAGGUUUGGUGCGUGGAGCAGGGACAGGCCGGGCUGGGCUGGCGACGCACACCGUAGGUUUGGUGCGUGGAGCAGGAACAGGCCGGGCAGGGCUGGCGACGCACACCGUAGGUUGGGUGCGUGGAGCAGGAACAGGCCGGGCUGGGCUGGCGACGCACACCGUAGGUUUGGUGCGUGGAGCAGGAACAGGCCGGACUGGGCUAUGGAGACGGAUAGGAGACCUGGAGUGAAGAGCUGCCACAACCCGUCCUGGCUGAAUGCCUACCUUCACACACUCUGUGUGAGGCAUCAGCACAGGACGUACAGGGCUGUGUACCCGUACUGGCAUAACAGCACGUGACACUGGCGCAGGAUAUCCGGGACCGAGGAGAGGCACUGGAGGCCGCGAGCGCUGAGCCGGCACACUCCGUCCUGGCUGCAUGCCCACCUUCGCACAACACGUGCGGGGUGCUCGCACAGGACGUACCGGACUAUGCCGGACCACUCGCGGCACAGUGCGCAUCUCCGCAUACCGCGGAACCUGCCCAGUCUCAUGCUGCCAUGCCUGAGUACGGGGAGUUGGCUCUGCUCUCCAUCCAGGCUCCGCCAACCUGCCUUCUGGCCCCCAAAAGCCGGUGGCCUCCUCUCUUAAUCUCCCGAUUCGCCCUGCGGCAGCCUCCUGCUGCCCAGUCGCCCAUGCCGUGUGCCCCCCCCUAAAAAAUUCUUGGGGGUGCCUCUCGCCUUUCCGACCACGGCCCGGUUGACGCCGCUUCUCCACUCCUGCCUGGGUCUCCCCCUUCAUCGCCUUCCGGUACCGAACGGCCUCCUCCUCGGUAAUCUGCCCCCAACCGAGGAGGACAUCCACCAGCGUCACCUCCUGCGUGUGUUCCUGGACACGCUGCUUGGUCUUUGUAUGGUGGGUUUUUCUGUCACGAUCGUCUAGUAGUGAAGUAGACCAAGGCGCAGCUUGUGAAAGAAACAUGACUUUAUUAUAUUAAAGUACUAACAAACCAAACAAAACACGACUCGUGAAGUCCAACGGUUAACACUGACCGUAAAGGAACAAAAACCCACAACACCCAAAGGAAAACAUACAGAUUAAAUAUGGCUCCCAAUCAGAGACAACCAGCCGACAGCUGACACUCGUUGCCUCUGAUUGGGAGUCAUACAGGCAAACAUAGAAACAGAACAACUAGAAUACCCAACAUAGAAAACGAACACAUAGAAUGCACACACCCUGGCUCAACAUAUAGAGUCCCCGAGCCAGGGUGUGACAACUCCAUUCCCCAAAAUGAAGAAGCCAGUGAGUUAGCCCUCCUGCAGAAGUCAUUUGAAGGGACUAGCUUCACAGAGACCUGGGGGCCAAUAACCCAAAGACAGAAAACAGUUAAACCAGGGUCCAUGGGUGGAAAUGACAACUAACACACAUUCCCCUUAUUCAGCUGAGUCAAGUCCAUGCCUUCACACUACCUCUAAAACUGAUCCCUGGCUGAGUGGUUUAGCAGAAGGGCUGUGUGUGCCAGAGGAUACUUUUCGAUGUGUGCCCACGCAAAUUGGGGCCUGUUUGUGAACAGAUUUAAAGCAUGCCCGAUACCCCUCCCCCCAGGUUUGCCUUCUCGUAUGACUUUGACUCAACCACACCACCAAGAGCCAUAGCUGUAGGAGCAGCCACCUGAGAGAGACGGGGGAAGAGAAGGAGGGGGAGCAUGCUUCAUCUCAGUAAAAUCCACUUUGACCCUAAAAAGAGUUGGAAGAAAGGCCUUGUGGUUUCUGCUUGGUUUUGCAGCACACUUUGUUGAGAGGUGGGUGGUGGUGGGGUAGGGAUGUUGGAAUCUGAUCUAGCGAAUCACGUCUCUUAAGUUAAACAAACAGCUUCAGAAGAUAUCCUUCCAACUUUAACCCAUUGCGUUCUCUCUUUCGCGGCCAAGACACUGAUCCCUAGACGACAGCUGCAAAGCCUGAUGUCUCUGUUUUUCUCUCUACCACUCUCUCUCUCCUUUCCUCUUUUCUUUCCUGUUUCUUUCUUGUUCUUGCGUUCCCGGGGGCUGUGUUUGGUCCCCUCCCUCUCUGAUGGCAAGCUGCUUUUUGGAGAACAUCAAAGGGGCAGCUAAUCUGCGUUUUCCCCUCUGUGUGGAUGGGGUGUAAAAAACCUUCAGCUAUCUGCACACAACAGUUAGGGGAGAUAGGCAUGAUUUCAAUCUCUCUCCCUCCCAUAUCCCCUCAAACAGCGACACCCAGCCCCCAACCCCCCUCUCAAGACAGAAAAUAAUACACUUCGAAAACAUCGCUUUUGGAGGCAGAGAGAGCUGAAGAGCACUUGAUCGUUUUCUUUUAGCCCCCUAAUCAGUUGACCAAUUUGGCUUACCCCAAUCUAACUUUGGGGAGUCUCCUAAAGUGCACAGCAGAAGUUGGUUCUCAGCGCGGCGAGACUGUUUGAAAGGCUGUUUAUACUCUCUGGGUUUUACAGCUGCAAAACUGCAAAGAAGCACAGGGGCUCCUGUGAAAUGGUGUCUAUAAAUAUAAAUAUGCCUCUGAAAUCCUGUUAACAAGAGAAAAGGAAGCGAAUACUAAAGGCAGAACAUGUGUUUCUGGUCGAGGCAACUGGAGAAGAAUAGAGGAGCAAAAAAAGGUUUCAUUGGUCUAAUGGCGUACUGUCAGGGAAAAUCACCAUCACAAAUGACAUCAGAGAAGAACGGCUAUAUUUUUCCUUUGCGACUGACAAGUUAAAAGAGAAAUCCCAUGCAUUAUUUAAACAGGCUCUGGAAUCUGUCAGGCACGUGAUUUGCAGAGUUAGCAAAAAACAGGUGUGGGUGUAGAGAGUGAGUGAGAGAGAGAGCGAGAGAUAGACAGAAAGAGAGAGAGAGAGAGAGAGAGGAAGCUCAUAGAGAAAGCGUGGGCACCGAGCGAUCUGUGUGCGCGCAGUCGUUUCAAAUCCCUAACCACCAAACCGGUCAGCACUUUUUCCCUCUUUACUCUCUAUCUCUCACCUCUCAUUUCUUUUUUUCCUCCUCUUUUGUAGCCCCUUGUCUUUGCUGGGCAAGUGUCACUCUUGUUUAGUCUGAUUGGCCUGUUUGAUAACAGCCCCUUCCUCUCUCACUGCCAUUUUCAAAAACACAAGAGAAGAGAAGGCUGGAAGAGAAGGGGUAGAUAGAUCCAACACUUUGUUUCCUUACCCAUCCUCCCUCCCUCCCUCCCUCCCUCCCUCCCUCCCUCCCUCCCUCCCUCCCUCCCUCCCUCCCUCCCUCCCUCCCUCCACGCAGCUGCAACAGGAGACACCCCUCUUCCCUUUAUCUGACCGAGAGACAAUGUCACUGGAUAGCCCUGAGCAGUUUGUUUCGUGUCCAGUAUUGACCAGCGUGGCGAGUGUGAGGGUGAUCCCGGCUGGUCUUAUGGGCUGAGGUCAGAGCUAUCACCUUUCACUGAGGUUCCUCUGCACUCUGCUCCUCUUGUUGUUUCAUGUGGACGUGUACUUCUCUCUUGAACUUGGGCAGCAGGGUCAUUGUUUGUAACAAUCUGCUUGUACCACCUCUUGUUCUUUUGAAGUUUCAUUUGCAGAAAGACAUUUGUCACAACUCUGUCUGUAAUGAGAUCAUUCCUGACAUUGUCAAUCACAUCAUAAGUGUUUUUUGUGGUGUCGUUUGAGUAUACAGUUACUGAGCUCAGUGAUGUGGUUAUUCUCUUCAGACCAUCAGUCUAUGGCUCAGACCCUCUCUCACAGACUCUGAGCUCACUAUACUGCCCCUUGUGGGAACCAAAUGAACAGCACUGAUGUUAAACCACAGACAAUACUGAAAUGAGAGUUGCAAAGUAUUCAGCAAGACCAUUCAAUGAACAACAUAGAUACAGAAAUCUGCUUUGUGUUCUCUUAAGAGUCCACUCUCUCAUUAUAAUAUGAAUUUUCAUAAUGCGUUAUACCAUAACAGUCUGCCAGAUAGACGCACAGUAACCCUGUUCAUGUUGGGCCUGUGUUUGACAUGACUAGUGCCUCUCUAUCUAAGAAAUAGAAGAGCAGGUUAUACGUAUGGAUCAGAGAAGUGCUGUCACCUCAAAUGGCUGAAGCACCCCUGAUCUGUUCUGUCUUUCCUGCUGACGGCUCAGAAAAUGUUCCAGCCCUUCGUCCUCCAGCUGAAAUAUUCUCCCAGUUCCAGCCAUCAGGAAUUAAUGUUCCAUAAAUCAUGUCCCUCAGAGAGACAGGGGCUGCAUACUGACCACUCACACUGAGGCUUCUGCACAGCACACUCUGGGAGACAUAUACACACACACACACACACACACACACACACACACACACACACACACUCAUUGUACACUACACACCAGUAGUUAUAUACAGGAGGUUACACAUGUACAAACACACAUCACUGGACCAGAGGACAUAUAUAGAAAUGCACUAUGAUGUGUGCACAGAAAUGCUCACACACCACAUGGGUAUAAACACAGCCAAUCCCAUUAAGAGAACUACCUCUCAUGCAUGACAUACAUGCUCUCCCCCAUGUCACUACCAUGUCUCUGGGUAUUGGAGAGGAGCACCAUUGAUUAGCCCACGCUAGGCUACAGUGUCAGAUAACCGGCUGGUCAAAUACAACUCUUACUCUGACCGGCUCUGCUCUGUGUCUGGCUUCUCAGUGUCGCCUGUUCCUCCCUCUGCCAAGGAAAGCCUGCCCUAACUCACGGCAGAGCCACCUCUAAGGCCACAACACUGUGAUAGACACCAGCCCACUCAGCAGUCCUCAGCCACAUGAGACACACAGGGACAGGCUGGAGACACCAGCCCCGCAGCCCCCCUCACAGGGUGCACUGCCUCAUGGUUGUUCACACAGGAAAUGGACAUGAAGGGCAGACCUGUCACAAACGACAGCAGCCCUCUGUGGAAGAAGAAGAAGAAGAAGAAGAAUCACAUGAUCUGA